UCUGCCCAUACAGAAAAUGAGGAACCUAUUAUUAGCCUGCUAUAAGUACUUCUGCUUCACAUUCUUCAUUUAGUUACAUCUAAUGGAGCAUAAGAAGCUUUCCUCCUGCUGGUAAUAAAUGUAAAAACGUUAAAAUGCUGUCUCACAUAUCUAAAAGAUUAUGACUUGAAUGAGAAAGAUCACUGGCGGUUUGACAUGACUUUUAGUAAAGGGGAGAUGGUACAAGAGAGGGGAAAUUGGAUGUGACGCUGGUCUCAGGAUAAGGUGAGGUAGAGGGGGACGUUCUAAUUCUGGGGACCUCUAUGCACAACUUGAGACAUUACUUGAAACUGAAAGGAAUCAUUGCCAAGGAAAGAAAAAUCAGAUAUGUCUCUUAGUAGGAAAAAUCUGUUCUGAGAGAGCUGCCGCCUUCACAGUCUCCAACAAGUAGUCGUACUGAGGAACCCACACAGACCACUCUGCAUUGCAACAUUACUACAACUUCUCCAGAGCAAGUGAUAAGGCUAAUAGCCCAGUCCUCAUGUUGUGCCUAUGACUCUGUGACAUCAGAUAAACAUUGUGUGUGGUUUUACACAUGAAGGCUCAAACACCACGGUUGCCCCAGGAGGAAGAGAGGCGAGGAUCCAGGUUACGAGAAACCCAAACAGAGGCAUUGCAGUAUGUGGGUGAGGAGGAGCAGGAUGGAGCUGUGUAUGCUGUGUACCUGAGGAACACUAAUACACAGCAGACUCCAGUUAAAGUGCUAGUACUUCGUGCUGGAACUCUCCAAAAGCUUGUCUAUCAUCUGUUGGACUCCCGCAUCCUUGGGGACACUACGUACAUCCCAGCAUUCCUUGCAACGUAUCGCACCUUUACUUGCACUAAUGAAGUGCUCAGGAUACUGCUUCAUAGGUCAGAGAUAGACAGCUGUGGCCACAAUUAUGAUAUCCAUAAAUGUAGCGAUGAGGAUGUCAACAGCCUGUUUUGUGCCUGGAUGACUCAGUACCCAGAAGAUUUUUCAUCUCUGGACACUGAGAAGAGACAACAACUGUCAAGACUUUUGAAAGGCAACAUGUGGAAAAAGCUCCAGGAACUGCAAGUGGGAGAAAAAGAUGCUAAGGAUAGUUCCAAUGCACUGGCACAUGAGACAGGUCCCUCUGACCCUUUAGAUAUCCUGACCUUCCAGGCUGGCCACGUGGCUGAGCAACUGACAUCUAUGGAAGCUUCCCUUUUCUUGCGUGUGGUCCCAUAUGAAUGUCUGGGCUCAGUGUGGUCUCGAAGGGACAAGGCUGGAAGUAACUGGAAUCGAUGCCAGUCAGUCAGAGAAACUGUUCAACACUUUAAUCGUCUUUCAGGGGCAGUGACAUCUUCAUGUGUCCGAGACCCCCAACUAAAACCACAGCAAAGAGCUCGAAUCAUAGAAAAGUGGAUGAAAGUGGCAGAGGAGUGCCGGUCCCUCAGGAAUUUCUCUUCUGUAUAUGCCAUUAUAACUGCAUUGCAAAGCACUGCUGUACACAGACUGAAGAAAGUGUGGACAGAAACAUCCAGGGAAAUUCUACGCAGUUACCAGGAAAUGAGGGAAGUUUUCAGUGAAAAAGAUAAUUAUGCCCGAAUGAGAGAGUUGCUCUUUCAGUCUCAAGAUCAACCUGAAAUAACAUCAAAAAGACAACAGCCUCGAGCAAGAGAUUCCAGAACAGUGCAGGGGGUAGUUCCAUAUCUUGGAGUGUUCCUCACUGACUUGGUCAUGUUGGAUUCAGCCAUCAGGGAUCAGCUAGAGAAUGGUUACCUGAACUUUGAAAAAAGAAGAAAGGAGUUUGAGGCCCUAUCUCAAAUACGAAUCUUGCAAUCUGUCUGCCAAGGAUAUCGACUCCAUUCUGAUCCUCAUUUUAUCACAUGGUUUCAGAAACUUCAGCAAAUUAGUGAGGCAGAAAGUUACCAGCUGUCAUGUGAUAUUGAACCUACUCAAGAUACUGUAACAAUGUCAAAUCCACCGAAACCAAAGGUGGUCAUCACACACUGCACAGAUCUCCUGGCUGCCAUUGCAGCCCCAUUUGGUCCUAGCAUGCAUGUAGUAUCCUGGGAUACACCUUGUGAUGGAAAGAUGACUCUCAGCCUUAGUCCGCACAAGAAGAGCCCAUCAGUACCAGCUCUGGACACUCAGAGUUCACCAAAGCUGCCUAUCAAAGGGCUUCUUGCAUUAAGUCCAGCAGCACGCACUCACAGGCGCUCUGCCUCUUGUGGAAGUGCUAUAAAUGCUUCUGCAGAGCCUCAUCCAUCUCUGGAUCAUACGGCAGAGCAAUCUUCACUCAUUGGCUCCAACGCAGAACAUCGCAUCAUCCGCGUGCAAGUGGAGCCAGCUGAGGAGAGCAGUGUGUACAAAAGUGUGAGGAUCAGCAGUCAGGAGAAAGCACCUGCUGUUAUUGAUCGGAUUCUCAGAAAACAUCACAUGAGUUCUCAAGGGCCACAUGAACUUAUCCAACUGCUGCCGGAGGGCAAAGAAUUGGUUAUUCCAGGGAAAGCGAAUGUUUUCUAUGCCAUGAGCUCUGCAAGCUUGGAUUUUAUUCUCCGUCCCCACCAGACUACAAGUCUAACAUCUUCUACAGACACUCCGGCACCCAGCAAAAUGUUCAUCAGUGCCACAAUCCCAAAGGUCAAAGCAAAGGCAGGAGACCUCGCAAGAGCACUUUUCUAAAGCUCACCAUUCGCCUGCUCCCAAAGGCCUGUAGUAAAUGUGCAGGGAAUGGUGCUAUACUGAAAUAUAAAUAUGACAGGAGUGUGUGUUAUUGACUUUACAAUGACUUAAGGGGACAUCACAGUCGUAUGGCCCUACAAGAUGCUCCAGUACACUAUGGCCUACAAUGAUCUCAAGUGCCAAGACAUACUAAUGGAAACCUCUAGUGCCUGUCAUAAGGGAGUAAUGCAAUAAACCCAAUGUUACAGAUCUUGUGCUGGAAGUGACAUCAGACAUGUAUAAUGUUGUUGUGCUGCUGAGAGUUCCAUAUACACUAUUGGAAGAACACUAUUAUAUUUGUAUGAUUAUGGAAAUGUGGAUUUUACUGUACAUACACCUGUAUAAAAACAACAACUCUGUGCUGGUUAUAUAUUUAUUAACUGUAAUUACAUUGUAUGCAUAUAUACAUACCUUUUUCAUAUUGUGGGUAUACAUUAAAAAAGAACAAGUGUAAAUGCACUUAAAUUUCA